AAUUUAGGCAUUUUUAGAAAUAAUUUUUGUUAAAUAAGAUUAAAAGAAGGGAUUGUUUUUAAAAAGAUGGCAAAACAUAUCAGAAAGCAAAUUUCGGCUCAAGAACAACUUGAAAUGGAUAUAAUGGCGGAAGCGGAAUUAGCAAGACUUCAACGACAGUAUCGAAUUAUGGAUGGUGAUAGGAAAGCUUUUGAGGAAGAAGCAACGACGAAAUUAAAAAAGCAACGUAAAGUAAUCGAAUUAUUAUCGAGCGAUUAUAAAGAUUUAGAAGAAAAUUUGCGAGUUGCCACAGCGAAUUUUCAUAAAAGAAAAGAUGCAACUUAUUCCAUAGAAAUCCAAAGAUUGCUGGAAAAACAUAACAAAUGCGAAGAGAUGAUUAAAAAGGAAACUCGGCAACUUAAAGAAAUCGAACAUCAAAUUAAUAAAGUGAAACAGGAUGUCCUUGAGGGUCGAAAAACCCAAGAAACAGAAAAACAAGUCCAAGAAAAAUGGAUAAUUGGGCAAAAAAACGUCGCAACUCUACAAAAUAAAUUAGAUACAUCCGUGAAAAGAUUCUGCAAGAUUUUAGCCGAGAAUAAAUCGUUACGAGACGAAAUCGACCACCUUUUAAUAGAACGUUCCUUAUUUAAUAAAAGCUGGCAAUCAUUAUUAACCGAACUAAACAACGGCAAAAAAAUAAUGAUGGACUUAAUAGAACAAGGAACCACAGCUUAUGAUCAACGAGAAGAAUCCGGGCAAAAACUCCAAGCAUUAAAAAUUCGCGCCCAAAACGAUUUGCUCCUCCACAUGUCCGAUAUGCGAGAAUUAUUUCGCCAAUUAGAUCACGACGCAAACCUCCAAGAUUUUUUAAGUGUAAAGGGACAAAGACGAAUCUUAAAAGAUUUAGAGAUGAAAGAAUUUUUAAAGAAACAACAAAUCAGGGAAAAUCAAGAAAGACAACUCUUCCAUUACAAACAAACCCUAAUGAAAGUUCAAGAAUUAGCCGGCGAAAACGACGUGAACAAACUCGCCGCUGAAUAUGUUAAACAAGAGGAAGAAAAUUUCGCUUUAUUUAAUUACGUAAACGAGUUAAAUCACGAACUCGAAUCUUUAUCUGAUAAUAUCCGAAAACUUUCCGUUAGUAUCGAGGAACAAAUCGAAUUUAACGAGGUGAGGGCCCAAGAACAACAGGAUACUAUCGAUGCUUUGAGUAAGGAGUAUUUAAGAAUUAAGAAAGAACUGGAGGAGGAAAGGGAGAAAUUGGAAAGUAAAGAGAAUGAAUUGAAAGAAGUUUUUGGGGAGAUUGAAAACAUUUUGGAUGUUAUUAAAUGUGAUAGUACACCCAUUUUGGAUUUGUUGGGUCAACGCGAAGGAAUAAAUAACCACAACAUUCACCUUUAUUUGGGUUUAGUCGAAAAUAAAAUUGGUGAACUUUUAAAACAAACCAACAAAUAAAAGUACAUCUUUUCAACUCGUAAUUGAUUGAAUAAAAACCAACUCUAACUCUCUUUUCUUUUGAAUAUUUCUUUCGUGUAAUAUUUACGAUCCCACUGUUGAGUCAGACGCUCUAGGUUCCUGUUUUACAUACAAGAAGGAACAUAAUUCUCCCCAUUAUGUUCCCGAGGACGACGUCGCUCGGUGGGUGUGAAUAGGAAUUCAGAUUUAGCAUCGGGCAGCGUUCAAAAAUCGUAAUUUAAUUGUAAACAAGCGGUUCUGUCGGCUUGGGCCCGACGUUGCUCUCUCAUUAUUAACGACCUGAUAAAAAGUUACGCCCCAUGGGCAUUCUUUGACCCCCGGUGGGACUUCCACAACCGAAUCACCUUUAACAGUGAUGAUUUAAUCCAACAAAUUUUUAAAAUAAAUACAAAAUGCGUUAUAUAUUUUUAUUUUUUCUCUGAAAUGUUUUAGAUUAUGGUCGGCAAAAAAAGAAAGUGGGUGUCAGGUAGCGAGAACUCAUUUGGGUCUAUUUCGAGGCCGCAAAGAACAAAUUUAAGGGCGCUUAUAGAUAUAGGCGCCGCAGAUAAAACCCGAUAGACAAAAGUCACAAAAGGGACAGAUCCGGACGCGUAUUUCAAAAUCAACGGGCCAUUUAUUUCAAGAUCGUAACCCCACUUUGUCACCGAACCGGACUUUGAUUUAAUACGAUUCGGAAGAAUUAGAUAAAUCUUUUUUAAUGGGAAAUGAAAGUCUUACAAGGGAAUUCUUUUUUACAGUUUGGAGAUGUUUGAAUUUCUGGAAAGUUACUUGAAAGUGCAUAUUUUUGUUGUUUUGCCUUGUUUGCUUAUCUAGUUUAGAGCUUUCACGGAGAAAGGAAUUUAUAUGGUAAUGUUAUUACGUGGGAUCUUUUUAUUAAAAGUUGUUUCAAAGGAAAUUAAGUUGGAGGGAAAGAAAUCACAAACCAAUAAAUCAUAUAUAAUGACUUCCAUUCGACACAAUCUCAAGAAAUAAAGAACCUAAAACGUUAGAAAAUAAUCUCUUUAGUGCUAAAGAAGUCAAUUACGAAGAUCGAUUGCUCCUAUAGCAUAUUUCUCUUCAACGUUUCUUAUUUUAUUUGGUGACAGAGCGAAUAUCUAAGAAGUCUAUUCUAUGCGGGUGGUUCAGCCUUUUUACCCUGUCGAAACUGAAGGGGACGGACCGAAGAAGAUUGAAAGAGGUGACCCAGUGGCCCAUUGUAAAAGGCUUCAGGCGCCUUAUUUCCAUAUUCUGAUUACCAUAAACCCUACCCGUUUAAACUUGGAAAUAAGUUAGAAUCGAUUUUUUUAAAUUCUCGGUAAAGGAGAAUCAUUUUUUUCUUCUUGUAUCUCAAGAUCCAUCGAAAUAUUUUAUAUAAAUAACACCCAGGCGGUCGUUGUUUUCUUUGACCUUAUCACAGAGGACUCGUUGACGUUAUUAAAAAUUUGAUUUAUCCACCGAGUACCACUGGGAAUGGACCACGAAGAUGGUCGAUAAGUGGUACGUCGCGUCGUCAGCUUGGAGAUUACCAUUGAUUUAUGGUUUUACCAUCUUCAACACCACGUGCCUUAUUCGUGCCCCCGAAGGUCACCUGGUCGGCUUCUUCGCGGUCGGCACCGCUAAAGAAUUAAAAUAUAAUAGAGAACUUUCUAAUCCGUUCGAAUGGGGCUAUUAAGUCUUCAAAGGGGAGCCUUUUAUCUUAAUUCGGAUACCAUAAAUAAAUCCUAUGAUGGAGAUUUUUAAAUUCCGAUGCACAAAAGAAGUCGGAGGUAAUAAACACUCAGUUUCACGUUUCUACGAAAUCGUUUCCACGGGAGACGAGACCAAGAAAGAAAAGAAAGAAUAUCGUAAAACAGCGAGGGGUUGGUUUUAAAGGUAUAAAUUACCCCCUUUUUUGGAAAUCCACCCCGUUCAUAAAUGAUUAAAUUUAUUACUGCAAUUCUUCGGCUUCCAGUUACCUACUAGACCCAAGUGAAGGUUCCUUUACCCCUUUUAUUUUCUCAUUACCUUCAACCAUGACCUACGACCCCCGACAUAAAUCCGCGACAUUUUAGAUGGCGCCCACAGAGGGCCUCAUUGUUAAUUGCACCAAGUGCAAUGUUAUUGAAGAGGGCCGCAGGGGAGAGAAUAAAUCCUUGCGUUCGUAGGUUAUAAUAUGAUGAAUAUGCAAAUUCCAACGAAAUUAACUCCCCCGGUCUUGAAGAAGGAGAAGAACGCGGAGGCGGAGGAGGAAGUCGAAGAGGAAAUCGAUACCGCACGCGGUCGUUGUUGCUGCAGGAGUUGCAAGAGAAAAUGCAUCCGCGUCGUUUAGCACUAAUAGAUGGCGACAGAUAUUGCUGUAUACUAUGAUUAACGGCUGUUGUUUAGCAUUUUCAACAUUAAAAAGUUUACUUACUGA